GCCGACCGAUAAACGCACGUUCAAACGUCGGCGUGCGUCCACUGAAAAACGGUCAGCCGGUGUUCUUGGCGGCUCUUGUUCGGUGCCCCACGGAUCUGUGUUCGGUCGCGUUGUUUUUGGUUUUUAAAAUUUUUCAAAUCAGUUUGCCGCGUUUUCGAUCUCGGACGAGCACACACCACCGCGAGGUAAUCUGUGUCGUCGGUUUUCAGCAGUUUUGCAAAUUUUUUCCUCGUCCGGUUACUGCUCUGCAGCUGCAGUGCGUCUCACCGUCGUCGGUAAAUAAUACAAAAUCGUCGCAAUAAUAAUAUAACAAACCGACCGACGUGACAUUUACGAAGUGUACGACAAUAUAAUACAUAUAUACAUACAUAUAUAUAUAUAUAUAUAUAUAUAUAUAUAUAUAUAUUAGGUAGCUGUUCGCCACCACCGCAACAGGACGUCCGCAGCAGGUUUACUUCUCAUAUUGGUUACGAAUAGAAUGUGACGUCUAGUCUCAAAAUGGUGCACGCAGGCACAGUGCUCAUAAGUGCCAUAAAGUUCGCAACCAAAGUGGCCGGAGGUGGAAAGCUACUGUUUUUGCCUACGUUCUUGGCCGCUUUAGCCUACUACAAUUAUGACCUGUACGACCCGGAAAACCGUUUGGUGAACGAGAAAAACCUGAGAUCUGAGUAUGAUUUCAUAGUCGUGGGCGGAGGAUCGGCGGGCGCUGUGGUCGCCAACCGUCUGUCCGCGAACCCGGAAUGGAACGUACUACUGCUGGAGGCUGGCGGACACGAGUCCGAAAUCACAGACGUGCCAGCCAUAUCGUUGUACUUACACGGCAGCAAGUAUGACUGGAAGUAUAAGACGCAGCCGGACAGUUCGGCGUGCCAGGCGAUGAAGGGCAAUCGGUGCUGUUGGACCCGAGGUAAGGUGAUCGGCGGCUCCAGCGUGUUGAACACCAUGUUGUACGUGCGGGGCAACAAGCGAGACUACGACAACUGGGAGAGGAUGGGCAACCCCGGCUGGGGGUUCGAGGACGUGCUUCCGUACUUCAAAAAGUCGCAGGACCAACGGAAUCCGUACUUGGCAAAAAACACCAGAUACCACGCCACCGGGGGUUAUCUGACCGUCCAAGACUCGCCGUGGAACACGCCUUUGGGUAUCGCUUUCUUGCAAGCUGGCGAAGAAAUGGGUUACGAGAUACGGGACACCAACAGCGACAUUCAGACCGGUUACGGGUUGUACCAGUUCACGAUGCGCCGGGGUUACCGAUGCAGUUCAUCGAAAGCGUUUCUGCAACCGGUGAGGCUGCGGAGGAAUCUGCACGUGGCGUUGUGGUCACACGUGACAAAAGUACUCAUCGACCCGGACAGCAAACGGGCUUAUGGGGUGGAGUUUGAACGGGACGGCCGAAAGCGGGUUGCUCUGGCCAAACGAGAGGUCAUAUUGUCCGCUGGAGCUAUCAACAGUCCUCAAUUGCUCAUGCUCUCGGGCGUCGGACCGGAAGAACACCUAAGAAGUAUCAAUAUACCGGUAAUCCAUCAUUCGCCGGGCGUCGGUGAAAACCUUAUGGACCAUGUGGCCGUUGGCGGUCUAGUCUUCCCCAUUGACUAUCCAGUUAGCUUGGUCAUGAACCGUGUAGUUAACAUACCGGCAGCAUUGAGGUAUGCCGUGCUGGGCGAAGGACCGCUGACGUCGUCCAUCGGGCUGGAGACAGUGGCAUUCAUCACGACCAAAUACGGUAACCAGUCGGACGACUGGCCUGACAUCGAGUUCAUGUUGACGUCCACGUCGACCAAUUCGGACGGUGGCACGGCCGCCCGGAAGGCUCACUGUCUGCGCGACGAUUUCUACAACGAGCUGUUGGGCGACCUCAACAACAAGGACGUGUUCGGCGUGUUCCCGAUGCUGUUGAGGCCCAAGAGCAGGGGACGCAUACUGCUCAGGAGCAACAACCCUCACCAGUACCCGCUGAUGUACCACAACUAUUUCUCGCACCCCGACGACCUGCGGGUGCUGCGGGAGGGCGUCAAGGCGGCGGUGGCGGUGGGUGAGACGACCGCCAUGAAACGAUUCGGCGCCCGAUUCCACGCCAAGCCGGUGCCCGGUUGCAAGACCCUCGAGCUGUUCACCGACGAGUACUGGGAGUGCGUGAUACGUCAGUACACCAUGACCAUAUACCACAUGUCGGGCACAUGUAAAAUGGGACCGCCUACCGAUCCUUUUGCCGUGGUCGAUCCCAAGCUCAGAGUGUACGGGAUUCAGGGUUUGAGAGUGAUUGACGCCAGCAUUAUGCCUCAGAUCACCAAUGGUAACAUCAACGCCCCGACAAUAAUGAUUGGUGAGAAAGGUUCCGACAUGAUAAUCAAUUAUUGGACUGGUAUUGACGCGAAAAGAAGAAGACGAAGGAGUGCUAAUAUUACCAUUAGUUAGAACCAAGUCAACUCUUUUGAAUUUGUAGACUAUUUAGGUUAAGUCCUAGGUCGUCUCAAUACUUAUGACAAGUUGUGUUGCUCAAUUUUUAUAAAAAUGUAUAGGUAGAUAAUUAAUAAGAUCAAACGACUAUUAUGGUUAUACUAUUUUUAUAGAUAUCUUCUUCUUUACACCUUUAAAGUCACAAUUAUGGUUUAAACUUUUUUUAAAACAUUUUGUAACUUAAUGUUGAAUUACUUGAAAAACUUAUCAAAACUAAUUGUAUGUUAUCAUUCACUCUAGUCUAGUUAUAAAUAUUAGUAUUAUUAUCAUUACUAUUAUAUUUCUUAUUAAUUUAAUAUAUUUCAUAAUAAUUGUGAAUCACUUUGAUAUCUUUGUUGUAUAAUUACGUAUUGUAUUAAAAUGUAUUAAAUCAUUUAUACUCCUUUUUAUUUGUAUAAUAAUAUGUUGUAUGUAUAACUAGUAAUAUUAUUGUAAUCUAACACUGUAAAUCAAAAUCUUAUGAACAUGACUUUUGAGUAAAUCACAUUAUAAGACCAUUAUAAUAUGUACCUACUUAUAACAAAAAAUGUAUUUAUAUAGUUAUUUGAAAUGUAUUGGGUAUUAUGAAUUAUUUAUAGUGAAAUUAAAAUUAUACAAUAUUGUUAUGUUAA